AUGUCCGAACUCCAGGAGGUAAUGCGAGACUUACUUCUGCGAGGAAUUACUUUCCAAGUUCACCAAGCUAUUGUUUGUACCCAGUCAAGCUAUUUCUAUAGUGCGAUGGGUGAUGGUUCCAAGGAAUCCACCGAGAAAGUUAUCAAUAUCCUGGAUGACACCCCAGAGACUAUUGAGCGUGUCCUGUCCUUCCUCUAUCUUAAAGAUUACAGUGAGGAUGGACCCAUACUUCAAUAUCGACCCAUCCCAGAACUUACCAACAAUGAGUCUCAUCUGUAUUCCAGAGAAAAAGCCAGAAAUACCGAGCCAGAAAAUACCGAGCUAAGAAAUCAAUCUGCUUUCACCAAUAUCGAAGUAUUUAUCGCAGCUGAUAAAUACGGAAUUAUCCCAUUGAAGACUCUGGCUACCUUGAAGUUCUCUCGAUGGGCGAAUACAAGCUGCGGCUCUCCAGUGUUCGACGAAGUGAUCGAAAAGGUCAUGACGUCAGUACCGUCACAUGAACCAACUCUUCAGGAAGUUAUUGCCGACGUCUUCUGCAGGCAUAUCCUUGACCUUAUCGAAGACCCAGAGAUAGUUCAUACUUUAGAUUCUUUUGGAUAUCUUGGGUCCUUGGUUAUUGCGAGAUUAGUCGGCACCGGGAUGGUGAAACGGCCCAACGAAUCCGACAUAUUUCAGGGGCUAGUCCAAAAGAUAAAUUCUAGCCGUCGCUGUCGGCAUUGUUUGAAGGAUUUUAAUGUGAGUAUUAAAGGCGCAGAGUAUUUGUAUGAGGUGUUCCGCUGUGCUUCUUGCAAUACACGAAAUUGA